AUGGGUGAGAAACCUUAUGGAUGCGCUGAGUGUGGGAAACACUUCAGUCGGAGAUCAAACCUUAUCAGACAUAGGAGAAUCCACACGGGUGAGAAACCUUAUGAAUGCCAUGAGUGCGGGAAAAGCUUUAGUCUGCACUCACACGUUAUCAGACAUAGGAGAAUCCACACAGGAGAGAAACCCUACACGUGCUCUGAGUGCGGGAAACGCUUCAAUCAGAGCUCACACCUUAUCAGACAUUGGAGAAUGCACGCAGGAGAAAAGCCCUACACAUGCUCUGAGUGCGGGAAACGCUUCAAUAGGCACUCACAUGUUGUUAUACAUCAGAAAAUCCACACAGGAGAGAAACCCUACAUGUGCUCUGAGUGUGGGAAACGCUUCAGUUAUAGCUCAGCCUUCAUCUCACAUCAGCGAAUCCACACAGGAGAGAUGCCCUACACAUGCUCUGAGUGUGGGAAAAGCUUCGGUUAUAGCUCACACCUUACCACACAGAGAAUCCACAUGGGUGAGAAACCUUAUGGAUGCUCUGAGUGUGGGAAACACUUCAAUCAGAGCUCAAGCCUUAUUAAACAUUAG